AGAGAGAGAGAGAGAGAGAGAGAGAGAGAGAGAGAGAGAGAGAUUCUUAUGUCCACCAGUCAAAGAAAAGAAAAAAGUGAACAGUGAGAUAAUGUAGACGCAGCUUGAUAAUUGGAGGCAGCCCGCUGGACUCUAGAGGCUGAACGACACCCCGUCCCCGUCCAUGUGAUCCCAGUAGGGAAUGUGUGUGAUCGGUUUGACUCUGAAGCUGACAUGGGGGACGGGGAGGCUGCCGGUCAGCGGGUCUCACCGCUGAAGAACUUCGCGGCGGGGGGCGUCGCCGGAGCGUGUCUCCUGCUCGCCGGACACCCGCUUGACACGAUCAAGGUGAGGUUACAGACUCAGCCCAAAGCUUCCCCCGGCCAGCUCUUACUCUACAGAGGAACUUAUGACUGCUUCCACAAGACCAUCUCCAAAGAGGGGAUCCUGGGCCUGUACAAGGGCAUGGGGGCUCCCCUGGCUGGAGUUGCUCCUAUGAUGGCCAUUAGUUUCUUUGGCUUCGGUUUGGGGAAACAGCUUCAGCAAGGCAACUCUGGCAAAGCACUGACGCCCGUGCAGAUCUUCCUGUCGGGCUGCCUGGCGGGGGUGUUCACCACAGUGAUAGUGGCUCCAGGGGAGAGGAUCAAGUGCUUACUGCAGGUGCAGGCUAGCGGUGGAGCAGUUAAAUAUGCAGGUCCUAUUGACUGUGCUCUGAGGCUCUUUAAGGAGCAGGGGAUACGCAGUGUCUACAAAGGCACCCUGCUUACUCUGAUCAGAGAUGUGCCUUCUAAUGGUCUCUAUUUCCUGACCUAUGAAACCCUUAAGAACCUCCUGACCACAGAGGGUCAAAGCGUGUCCCAACUCAGCACUCCCAAGAUCAUCCUGGCCGGGGGCGUGGCCGGGAUCCUGAACUGGACCAUCGCCCUCCCCCCCGACGUGCUGAAGUCCAACUUCCAGACAGCUGCAGAUGGAAAGUAUAGAGGUCAAGUAGACGUCCUCAGAACCUUGCUCAGAGAAGAAGGACCAAGAGGCCUCUAUAAGGGAUUCAACGCAGUGUUUCUGCGAGCCUUCCCUGCCAAUGCGGUGAGAUUGAUUUAAUUUAGAAAUUCCCUCAUUCCAUAAAAACAGACUAAUUUCUUUACUUUGUUUUCUCU